UGCCUCCAAAGCAUACAUUCGAAUUGACCUUGAGUAUUAUACUUUGAUAAUUCUAUGUAAAGCAAGAUGGCGAGAUGGCAAGUUUUAUUCCACGUCGGGAUAUUUUUCAUUUAUUGCCCGACAUUAUGCGAAGGAGUAUAUCUUACAUCAACUUACGCCAUGGACGCGAGUGUUAGCCGUACAUUUGGGGGCUACUGCGGGGAGACUAUUAGGGAUGAUUGCCUUUGGAUAACGUCGGGGUUGAACGUCUUCGGCUUGUCCAACUAUGGUAACAACGUCGACUGUAUCAUCACCCUUGAUGCAAGUAUCAACGCUGGCAACAGGUACAUGCUUAGGGUGGAGAAGUGGGUUGUACAAUCGUCAACUAACUGUUCGUCCGAUUACUUAGAGAUCUACGACUGGUACUACAACUCUAGCGUCCCUACUCAGAAUGCUCAGCACCUCGUCGGAAGGUACUGUGGCAUUAGUCCCAACUUGACGGGCAUCCCCACUGGACGGGCCGUUUCGUUCAAAUUCCAUACGGAUGGUUCACAAGUUUUCUCUGGGUUCAAGCUCAUCGCAAUAAGAACCACCCCAGUACCAUGUGAGUCAUCGGAGUUUGAGUGUGAGCAAGAUUCCGUUUGUAUCAACGCUGGGUUGAAGUGUGAUGGUACACCUCAGUGCUCUAAUGGGACGGACGAGCUAGGCUGUACAGGAUGGGACAAUUUUCUAGGUUCAAUCCUCCGUCUUGGCUUGGUGGACAUGAUUGCUAUAGGCGUCAUAGUAGUGGGAUCUAUAAUCUUCUUUGGGGUGAUAGGAUGUAUCUUGUGCUGUUGUUGUUGUGGAAAGAAGAAAAGAACAAAUGUGUCUCCUGACCAAACAACCCCUAUAGUAGUCAACGUCAUUGCAGGUGAUCCUAAUAAAGCUAAUGAGCCUGUUGUUGCAACAGUGAAUGAAACAGAACAUGGAGAGGCUAAAGAUAAUAACAUAAAAGCUGACGAUAACCAAACUCCAAUUAAUAGCACACAAACUACUGGAGAUGACAUGAACGAUGUAGAUGAAACCACAAAAGCUGAUGGAGACAAGGCAAAAAGUGAUGAUGAUGGUGACAAUGUUCAUGAUAUUGCAGAAGUUGGGGAGGAAACACAGAAAGAAGAUAAUGAGACAACACCUAUUGAUUCAAAUGCUGCAGUUGCCAUGGAGGAAGAUAAGAUCAAUUCAGAUGUAGAACAUGCACUUCAAACAGAAAAUGAUGAUGAUGAGACACAACCGAAUGAAGAGACAAAAGCAGAUGGAGACGCAAUCCAAGAUGAAGAAGUAAAGCAAAAUGAGGAUAUAAAAUCAGAUGAGGAAAUAAAACCGAAUGAGGACACAAAACCAGAUGAAGACCAAAACAAAGAUGAAGAAGUAAAACAAAAUGAGGACAUAAGAUCAGAAGAAGAAAUAAAACAAAAUGAGGACACAAAACCAGAUGAACAAACAACCUCAGAGGACAAUAUUACAAAGGAACAAGAAAAGCUUAAUCCUAUGGAUGAGAUUACAAAAGACCAAGAUAACACAAAGCAAAUGGAGCCUACGAAUGAAGAUGCCAGCACAGGGGCAGAUGUAGAAACAGCUGACAGUUCCAAUAAAACAUUAGAGACCAUUAAGCAUCAGGCUGAAGCUGGUGGUGGAAUGCCAAAUGUUGAAUAAUAUCUAUGAUACUUGUACAAAAAAGUUCUUCAACAGGGUCAUACUGAUCUACUUGUGUAAGGGUUUGUUCAAAGAUAUACAUUGUCCGAUAAGCAGAAGAAUUCUCAACAGAUUUUAGUUGUCUGGGUUCUUUGAAGUUGUGUACCUUCUUGAAAGGCUUUCCAUACUCAGAAAAAAACUUAUUCAAAUGGGCUAUUGUUUUCAUGAACACUUCUGUACAUAGAUAUUUAAAAAAGAAAUUAUCAAUGUGAUGUAUUUUGAAACACCCAAAUGCUCAAACAUGUCAGGAAAACAUAGAUGUAACAAGACAUUAGCAUGCAAAAUGUCACCACAUGCCAU